AUGGGUCAGGUAGAGAGUCCCACUGAGGACUUCCAGCAGUCAGAGCAGCCCCUUAACCGCAACGGAGACCUCAACAAAGGAAGGAAGCCAGGGAAUGGAUUUGGCUGCACCUUAAGAUGCUCUGUUAUCUGCUUAGUCCUAGUCGUCGCUGUUUUAAUCAUUGUUUUAGCAACAGCUCUGGCAGUAUGUGGCUGUAACCCACCAGUGGCAGAUCCUGGACCGCUUGGUGCCCGCUGUUGCUCAGACGGCUGGGUCGGGUACGGAGGGAAAUGUUACUAUUUCUCAGAGGCCGAAGGGAACUGGACCUACAGCCGGAGCAACUGCUCCUCCCUCGGCGCCUCCCUGGCUGGGAUCGACAGUGAGCCGGAAAUGGCUUUCAUGCUGCGCUAUAAAGGCAACCCUGAGCACUGGAUCGGCCUCCGGAGGGAGCAGGAGCUGGGCCAGCCCUGGAAAUGGGCCAACGGCAGCGAAUUCAACCACUGGUUUCCGAUAAGAGGAGGCGGCGACUGCGCGUAUCUGAAUGACGAGAAAGGCGUCAGCAGCUCACGGUGCAUUAUGACGAGAUACUGGAUCUGCAGCAAACCAGACGCCUAUACAAGGGGAAAGGGCCGUGCAAUGGGAGAGAAAUUGCAAAUUUAA